GCGGGCCCGGCUUGGACGGCUCAGCGGCGGUGGCCCGAGAUGAUGUGGAACACUGUCACUUUGUGCUCCCUUGGCAGACUGCCCCACAGUGCCACAGCUCUGCUGCUCCCAAGGUUACAAACCUUCAGUCGAGUGCUUGAAAGAAAGUAUAAGGACUUGUAUCACGGUAAAGAGCCAGCACACGCGCUGCAGAAUCAGGGCUUUAGAAGGACAGGCAACAUACAUCCCUGCCGUUUAGUAAGUAAGAAACCAAAAUACAGACGGUAUGCAAAAACUUACCCUGUUUUAGAUGGAGAUAUCCCAUCUGUGUAUCGACAUGUGUUUGAAGAAAAUUUAAGGAACAGUGAGGCUCUUAUUAAAAGAUACUCAGAACUGCUAGAGACAGUCAGUAAAGGAGGGGGAGAAAAUGCCAUCUUGCGUCAUACUCAGAGAAACAAGAAGCUGUUUGUUCGUGAUCGCCUGAAGUUGCUCCUUGAUGAUGAGCCUUUCCUCGAGCUGUCCCCGCUGGCAGGCCUCAGUAUGCCGUACGGUGACGUCCCUGCUGCCGGCUGCCUCACGGGAAUUGGCAAAAUCUGUGGGGUCUGGUGUGUCUUCAUAGCAAAUGAUGCAACUGUAAAAGGAGGAACUAUUUAUCCAAUUGGAGUGAAGAAACAGUUAAGAGCUCAAGAAAUAGCCAUGCAGAACAGGCUACUCUCUGUGUACCUUGUUGACAGUGGGGGAGCAUUCCUACCACUGCAGUCAGAGCUGUUUCCUGACAAGUCACACGGUGGCAGAGUUUUCUACAAUGAAGCAAUAAUGUCUGCUAUGAGAAUCCCACAGGUGGCUGUGGUGUGUGGCUCCUGUGUAGCUGGAGGUGCCUAUAUCCCAACCAUGGCAGAAGAAGCUGUCAUUAUCGAUAAGAUCGGUACGCUGUUCCUUGCUGGCCCACCUCUGGUAAAAGCUGCUACAGGAGAAUAUGUCACUCCCGAGGACUUGGGAGGAGCCCAACUUCACUCCAAAGUCAGUGGAUGUAGUGACCAUUUUGCAGCUUCAGAAAAGGAAGCCUAUGAGUGUAUUCGAAAUGUUAUCUCUACACUGAAUUAUGAUCCACUGCUGGAGGAGAUCACAGAACAUGACAGUCCUCUGUAUCAUUCUGAUGAGCUCUUGGGACUGGCACCACAAGAUUAUAGGUGCACUCUUCCUGUAAAACUGAUUCUAAGCCGUCUGAUGGAUGGAAGCAGAUUCCAGGAAUUCAAGGCUAAUUAUGGAACCACAUUAGUAACAGGAUUUGGCCACGUGGAAGGGCACCUGGUGGGGAUAGUGGCUAACAACGGGGAGCUGUCUCACCAUGCUUGCCUCAAGGGCAGCCACUUCGUGCAGCUCUGCAGCCAGCGGAGCAUUCCCAUCCUCUUCUUCCAAAACACUGCUCCGCAUACAGCAGCGCCAACAAGCGUCUCGCAGGCAGAGGCUCAAUCCCACAGGUUGAAAGCCCAGGCCUCCAUGAUGGCUGCUGUCGCUUGUGCCACUGUUCCCAAAAUAACACUUGUAAUUGGCGGCUGUUACGGGAGCGACAGCUACGUGAUGUGUGGGAGGUCGUUCAGUCCAAACUUUCUGUUCCUAUGGCCUAAUGCAAGAGUUGCUCUUGUGGAUUCAAGACAUUUCUCCACAGUCCCACAAGCUGGAGACAGUGACUAUACAGGAAAUGAAUCAGAGCUGAAACGUCUGAAGGAAAAGCUAGAGGAAGAAAGCAGUGCAUUUUACUCCUCUGCCAGACUCUGGGAUGAUGGUGUAAUUCUUCCUCAAAAUACUAGGAAGGUAAUUGCACAGUGCUUAGAGAUUAUAGAACAGCAGAAGUACCAGACGGUGUCUCCGUGUCAGUCUCCCGUGAUGAGGAUGUAACUGCACUGUUCUCCAAUCACCAGCCCGUUGAAGAGCCCAUGAAGACUCACCAAGCACAGGCUGUGACAGUCCUUCCCCUCUGAAGUAUGGACCAGCCCGGUACCAGGAGGCGAGCCUGUCCCCCCAGACCAGAAUCACACCUUGGCGUGGGAUGUAGCAGCACGGACACCCUCACACAGAGCCCCACUGCCUCCUGCUGGCCCCCAGGCAAUGCUGCGCCACCACGACUGUCUCCUAUAGAGAGAAGCCCGCCGGGAUACUCACUGGCUGUACAUU